AAAGAAGAAAACCCACCGCGAAAUGCAGGACCAUCUUCCCCCAGCGGCGGUGAAAUAACCCGAAAGCGAUUCAUACAUCUGUUUUUAUGCGCUUGGGAAGGAUUAUAUCAGCAUUUUUGGCCCCUCGAACGUUUUCUUUUCGCCUUAUUUCGUGUUUCGGCUUGUUUUAAGGAUGUCGGUGGCGGGGUUUAAGAAGCAGCUGCACAAAGCGAGUCAGUUAUUAAGUGAGAAGAUCAGUGGUGCGGAAGGGACGAAACUCGAUGAAGACUUCAUGGAAAUGGAGCGGAAAAUAGAAGUCACCAACAAGUCUGUUUUUGAACUCAUAACUAAAACCACAGAAUAUCUCCAACCAAACCCAGCAUCAAGAGCCAAACUGGGCAUGCUCAACACGGUGUCUAAAAUCCGCGGGCAGGUGAAGACGACGGGUUAUCCUCAGACUGAAGGGCUGUUAGGAGACUGUAUGCUGCGGUAUGGACGAGAGCUCGGGGAGGAGUCCGCUUUCGGCACCGCGUUGGCAGACAUUGGUGAAGCCAUGAAACAGAUGGCUGAUAUUAAAGACGCCCUCGAUAUCAGUGUGAAACAGAACUUCAUCGACCCACUUCAGAAUCUACAAGACAAAGACCUCAAAGAGAUUGUGCAUCAUCUAAAGAAGCUGGAGGGUCGACGGUUAGACUUUGACUACAAGAAGAAGCGUCAGGGCAAGAUUCCCGAUGAGGAGAUCAAACAGGCCGUGGAGAAGUUUGAGGAGUCCAAAGAGCUCGCCGAGAGGAGCAUGUUCAACUUUCUGGAGAACGAUGCUCUAAUUGAGGCAGCGCUAGAAUACCAUAGACAGUCUCUGGAGAUCCUGAAGGACCUCGACAGCAAACUACAGAACAGGAUAUCUACAGCAAGCCGUCGGCCCAAAAAAGAGUUCAAGCCAAAGUCAAUAGUGUCCAGUUUGGAGAGCGUGGAGAACACACAGCACAAUGGACUUUCACACACCUCAUCAAUCAAAUCCACAGAGUUAGAGUCCCACAUGGACCAGCCGUGCUGUCGGUCGCUCUACGACUUCGAGCCGGAGAAUGAGGGCGAGCUAGGCUUCAAAGAGGGGGACAUCAUCAUCCUCACCAACCAGAUCGACGAGAACUGGUACGAAGGCAUGAUCAACGGCGAGUCGGGCUUCUUCCCCAUCAACUACGUGGACGUGCUGGUGCCGCUGCCACAGUGAACCAAACAUCCACUUCACCCAGCAUCCUCUGCUGCAUUCUC